AUUCUGCAAACUGUCCUAUAAAUUCUGAACAUCUUUUGUUUCUUCUUUCUUAAACUUUAAGUUCAUAAAAAAAAAAAAGUUCAUCAUAGUUUAGCAUGCGCAUUUUCAGCUCUCGAAUACUAUAAUUAUGUCCGUAUGUUUUUUUUUCCCUCUGUUCUACAGCUUCACCACCUUACUGAAAAUUUUGCUUUUUUUCCCCUCAUCAUUCUCACUUAAAACCCAUCAACUUUAAAUUUUUUUGGGUUAUUUUCUUUAGUGUUUUUUUCUUUAAUAUCCAUGUUUGGUACUUGUUUUUCCUCUGUAAAUUAACAGCCAGUUUGUCAUUUGCUUGUAGUAUUAUCUCUGUUUUUUUUUGUUUAAAUUUUUGGGCAUUUGUUGAAUGGUUUGAUUUGCUAAGGAAAUUGCUGCUUCUUUCAGUCACUUUUUGCAGGUUUGAGAUAAAUCAGUCUAUAAAGGUGGCAAAUUGAUGCAAGCAUGGCAGAGAAGAGAACAAUCAAUGGAGGCGGCGGCGGAGGAGGAGGAGGGGAAGUGGUGAUAACAAUUUCAGGUGAUGAAAUUGAAACCCCUAAAGGUAAUGUGAGUCCAAAAGGAUAUACCCCAAAAACAGCUUCUAUGAGCUACCCUUCACCUGAGAUAUCAAGGUUUAGCCCUAGUCCUAAUAAGCCACCCAAAAUCCCUGUCCCUAAUGAAAACCUCACUAGACAAAGGUCACUUGCUAGGUCUGUGUAUUCGAAACCCAAGUCUAGAUUUGGUGAACAGCCAGUCCCUGUCGAUACUUCUGUAUUGGAAGAGAAUAGUCUAACUCUUCAACAACAAAUGGAUAAGAAUUCACCCUAUAGGGUUUCGUUUAAUAUAGGAUCACCGGAUAAUAAGUCUGUUUCUUAUACUAGAUCAAACUCCUCAAGUCCGAGAACGCCUUUGAUGGCAUCUCCUGGUGGACCUGCUGAUGAUGAGGAGGAAGUGGAGGAUGUUGUCAAGAAAGUUGAAUCGAGUCACGAGAAGCAUAAGAAAGUAGGAAUUAAGGCUGUGAUUCAGUGGAUUCCGUUUGUAUGCCUUGUUGGGUGCUUGGUGGCUAGCUUGACUGUUGAAAAACUGGAAAAAACCAUGAUUUGGGGCUUGGAAUUGUGGAAAUGGUGUGUGCUUGUGUUGGUUAUAUUCUCUGGCAUGUUGGUCACUAAGUGGGUUAUGAAUUUCAUUGUUUUUCUGAUUGAGACUAACUUUUUGCUAAAGAAGAAAGUACUCUAUUUUGUUUAUGGCUUGAAAAAGAGUGUUCAAGUAUUUGUUUGGAUUUCUUUGGUUCUUCUUGCAUGGACAUUUCUAUUUAAUCGUGGCGUUCAGCGAUCUAAAACUGCCACCAAGGUUCUAAAAUUUGUUACGUGGACUCUUGUUUCACUUCUUAUUGGGUCGUUUUUGUGGGUGGUGAAGACUUCAUUGCUAAAGAUUUUAGCAUCUAAUUUCCAUGUCAACAAAUUUUUUGAUAGAAUUCAAGAAUCAGUCUUUUCGCAGUAUGUUCUGCAAACUCUUUCAGGGCCUCCACUCAUAGAAGAGGCUGAGAGGGUUGGCAAAUCAAGUAGCACGGGUCGACUGAGCAUCCGGAGUACAAAAAAGGGUAAAACAAAGGAGAAAAAGGUAAUUGAUAUGGGAGUGGUUCAUAAGAUGAAGCAAGAAAAGGUUUCAGCUUGGACCAUGAAGGUUUUGAUUGAUGCAGUUACAAAUUCAGGACUUUCUACAAUCUCUAAUGCAUUAGAUGAGAGUGUUGGUGAAAGGAACAAACAAACUGAUACGGAGAUUUCCAAUGAGAUGGAAGCAACUGCUGCUGCCUAUCACAUUUUCAGGAACGUUGCCCAGCCUGGUUGGAAGUACAUUGAUGAAGAGGACCUUUUAAGAUUCAUGAUUAAGGAAGAAGUGGAUCUUGUUUUCCCACUGUUUGAAGUAUCUGAGAAUAGACGAAUUGACAGAAAAUCUCUAACAGACUGGGUGAUUAAGGUUUACAAGGGUCGAAAAGCUCUUGCGCACGCUUUAAAAGACACCAAAACAGCAGUGAAACAAUUGAACAAACUUGUGACAGGAAUUGUGAUAAUCGUGACCUUUGUUAUUUGGCUUCUUUUGAUGGAAAUUGCAACUACAAAAGUACUUGUAGUUCUCUCAUCACAGCUUGUAGUUGUAGCCUUUAUCUUUGGGAAUACCUGCAAGACCAUAUUCGAAGCAAUAAUAUUUGUUUUCGUGAUGCAUCCGUUUGAUGUUGGUGAUCGCUGUGUUGUUGAGGGCGUGCCUUUGUUGGUCGAGGAAAUGAACAUCUUAACGACGGUUUUCCUGAAGCUUGACAAUGAAAAGAUUUACUAUCCAAAUUCUGUUUUGGCUACAAAGCCAAUUAGCAACUAUUACAGAAGUCCUGACAUGGGUGAUACUGUGGAAUUCUCGAUUGAUUUUGCAACACCAACGGAAAAGAUCGGAUUGCUGAAAGAUAAAAUCAAGCAGUACUUGGAGAGCAGUCCUCAACACUGGCAUCCUAAUCACAGUGUUGUGGUGAAGGAAAUUGAGAAUGUGAACAAAUUGAAAAUGGCUCUUUACUGUAAUCACACAAUGAACUUCCAAGAAUUUGGAGAAAAAAACAAGCGUCGAACUGAACUGGUCCUUGAGAUAAAAAGGAUUUUCGAAGAGUUGAGUGUAAAAUACUGUCUUUUACCUCAACAAGUUCACCUCCGUCAUAUUGGAUCAGAAUCAACAGUUGUGACCAAAAUGUGAUUCUCACUUUCUGCCUCUUGAUACUCUGCAAGUCAUGCACGUUACUAAUAGAUUCUGCAACAGGAGCUAUUUUAGGGAUCUUAACAAUUACGA